AUGACUUUCCCCGAGGGCGAAUUCCCCAUCCGCAACCGCGCCAGCGGCCGCGUCCUCGACGUUCAGUACGCCUCGACCGACUCGGGCACCUCCGUCAUCGCCUGGGAGUUCAAGGGCGACGAAGACAGCUCCAACCAGCGCUGGCGCUUCGAGGACAACCACCUCAUCAACGUCAACUCGGGCCUCGCCCUUACCUUCAACUGCCUCGACCCCGAGUCCCUCGCCACCCAGGAGGAGCGCAACGGCAGCGAGGGCCAGCGAUUCGAGUACGAGGACGGCACCAUCCGCCUUGCCGACCGUGACGACCUCGUCGUCGGUGAGUGGGAGGGCGACGUCAAGAUUGUCGUCCGUGAUGAGAACGACAAUGCCCGUCGCUGGGACUUUUAA